ACUGAACCUCUUUGCCAGACAAGAGUAAACUCCGAUAUCUAGCUCUACAUCCCAUAUGGCCUUCAGAAGGGCCUUUCACCCAAAGGGGAGCCACCCACCACCCGAAGACGUCUUCGCCUGCAUUGGGAAACGAUCUCAGAGGCUUUUCAUUUAUGCCAAAGCUUAUCCGCAAGACGAGGCGCCAGGAUCUGUAGUCGAUCAAUGCGGAAACUUGUUGCGCAACAUAGAGGAUGGACGUCAUUCAAUGGCGACAAGGUCGCAGCGUGUCGGUCCAUUCUGGGGUUUCUCGGUGUUUCAGAAUGGCUCAGAUCUUUCUCGGACUGAUCUUUCAGGUGUCCUCGGCCAUAAUCCUCAUCAUGUGCGAGGGCUGUUGAUGUACCAUCCUUCGUUGGCCCAGUUUCUGAUUUCCCCCAAACCGUGGCCAUCACUCAGUGCCAGGACCAUCAUCUGCUUGAUUUCUCGCGACUGUAUAUGCCACCGAAGCAUCACCAUCAUUACAUUACAGAAAGACACCUUUUUAGGACCUGACCAGUGCACAUUCAGCCCAACCGCGGCGGACAUGCGACCCAAGUCAUCUGUCGACGGUGCGCCCGAAGAACGCUUACAGACAUUGGGUGGAGCAUCUACAUCUAUCAUACUCUGA